CACCGUUGUAGACGGAGGCUGCGCGCGAGAAUCGGCGGGACGCACAAAAAUGUGAAGCGGCGAUAAGCGGACAGAGAAGGAGCGGGACACGGACACGGAAAAGGAGCUCCUCUGCCGGGACAAGGAAAGGGAGCUCCGCCGCAAGAAUACGGGGCUGACGCUGACACGGUGCGGGACACGGACCUGGACCUUCCAGUAUCGACAUACAGGGAGACAGUAAGCGGGACACGGACACCUGGCACCAACAUGAGCGCUUCGCCGGGCGGAGCCUUUGCUCCGAGACCGGCGCAGGUUCCGUAACUGUCAAUGUAAGACACCUUGAUGGUUGCCGGUGACAAGGAGACCUGAUACACGGCUCCGGACAACUGCCCGCGAUCUGAGGACACGCCUAGCCAACUCGAACUCGGAACUGACACUGUCUGUCUGUGGAUCAGCGAAGAGGUGACAGUGAACUUACAGUGAGCUUACAGCGAAGUUACAGUGAUCCUGCGGUGAGGCCAGCAUGGCCAGCAACGUCAGUGGCGCCCAGCGCAGGAGGUCCCGCAGUGAGGAUGAAGAUGAGGACAUUCUGUCCACAGACCCUGACAACAGGGACCUCCAAAGCUCUAAAAAGCUCUUAUGCAAAGUCAAGUGGUCCCGGGAUGAGGACGAGAAGCUGAAGGGGCUGGUCGAGCAACAUGGAACCAACGCUUGGAAACUUAUUGCUAGUUACUUUCCGAAAAGAACAGAUGGCCAGUGUCAGCACCGCUGGCAGAAGGUGCUCAACCCAGAGCUGGUGAAAGGACCGUGGACAAAAGAGGAGGAUCAGAGGGUGAUCGAGCUCGUGCACAAGUAUGGCCCUAAGCGCUGGUCUGUGAUCGCCAAGCACCUGCAGGGCCGCAUUGGCAAGCAGUGCCGUGAGCGUUGGCACAACCACCUCAACCCCGAGGUCAAGAAGUCCUCCUGGACCGAGGAGGAGGACCGCAUCAUCUACGAGGCCCACAAGCGCCUGGGCAACCGCUGGGCGGAGAUCUCCAAGCUGCUGCCUGGCAGGACCGACAACUCCAUUAAGAACCACUGGAACUCCACUAUGCGCCGGAAGGUGGAGCAUGAAGGUUACUUACAGGAUGGCUUGAUUUCCUACAAGUCCAAACAGGUGGCCCGCAGACGGCCCAAGUCCUGCUCCUCCAUGGAGAUCCUCCACGCGCAGAACCAGUUGGUCAUGGCCAUCCCUGCACAGCUCUCGGGGUACCCCUUCAGGUCAGUGGACCGGCAGUGUGUGGACGCUGUCUCAGAUGGUUCCAUCUUUGUUCCGCCGCGACGCCCCGAGGACCCUGAUAAAGAGCAGCGCAUUAAAGAGCUCGAGCUGCUGCUUAUGUCAGCUGAGAAUGAAGUGGGAAGACGGUCGGCCCCAUGCAACCCCAAGCGGUACUGCGGUUGGUCAGACAGCGUGACAGACGACACCAUGAGCACCCUGGGCAGCUUGGAUGACCAGAGUGUGGAGCUCUGCCGGGCUGAGGACAUCCAGGGCCCCACGGUCGCUGGCCACCCUUCACCCAGCAAGUUCCUGUCGGUGGAAGCCAGUGCUGUUCUGUCCUCCCUGCAGACUAUCCCAGAGUUCGCUGAGACCCUGGAGCUCAUUGACUCAGAUCCAGUGGCUUGGAGCGACGUGGCCAGUUUCAGCCUGGCAGACAUUGCCUCCCCAGAGAAGCAGCAGCAGCCAUCGCUGUCAUUCCCCAGGCCACAGGACAGAACCCCUGAUGGGACAGAGUACCGUUUUGGAACUUCCAUUUCCAUCCCAGACCUCAGCAAGAGCUGCUCCAGCCCUGUGCAGCUCAGGGUCUCUGGCCUCUCCUCUCCUAAGUUCAGCACACCUCCCUCUAUCCUACGCAAGAAGAAGCACAACAGGGGUGAUGACUCUCCAUCCAACCAAAGCAUCUGCGCUUCAUUCUUGGAGCCCAGUGCCACCUCUCCCAGGAACACGCCAGUGAAAGUGCUGCCUUUUUCCCCCUCCCAGUUUUUCAACAUAUCUGGGAACGAGCUGGACAACCCAGCCCUGACAUCAACGCCGGUCUGUGGGCAGAAAUGUCUGCUAAACACCCCCAUGCAGAAGGAGAUGACCCCCAAACAUCAGAAGGAGAACGCUGGUUUCAGGACCCCAAAAAUAAGAAAAUCCAUUUUGGGUCCCACCCCACGAACUCCAACACCCUUCAAAAAUGCAAUGGCAGCCCAAGAGAAGCUGUAUGGGCCCCUGAAGAUGGUGCCCCAGCCCCUGGCCCUACUGGAGGAGGACAUCAGAGAGGUGCUGAAAGAGGAAACCGGGACUGAUAUUUUCACCCGAGGUGACUUGCAACCUGAAGGCCGUUCUUGGAAGCAGGAGUUCGACACCCCUGCUAGGAAAGUGCGGAAGUCAUUGCUGCUGGACUCCUGGGGAAAGGACAGCCUGAACGUGCAGCUCUUCUCCCAGGAGCAGGUGAGCAGCUCUCAGCCUGCCGGGGACGGCCUCCUGACCAGCUCGCUGCUGAUGACACCCCUCCAGGAACAAGAGGAGUGCACUUCCUUACCAGCGGAAGACGAGGUGGGGAGGGCUUGCAUCCCCGCUCAUCCCUACAGCCCCCCAGUGGGGAAGGAAAACCCUACCCUACCCAGGACGCCUAGAUAUGAAGCCUCCAUCCAGGCGAACAGCGAGUGGGAGACUGUGGUCUACGGCAAGACGGAAGACCAGCUAAUCAUGACGGAGCAGGCCAGGAAGUACCUCAGCGCGUACACGAGCGGGACCACCGCCAGAGCCCUGGUGCUGUGAAGGGGGGAGGCCCCGCCCUCCAGCUGUCAGUCAAGCUGGAUGUCUUCUGAUGAGCAGGCCUGAAACCUAGACAAUCCUUUGUAGUCAAUCUGAAGCGUGCUGGUUUCUUUUUAGCUGUCCGCACAACGUUUAUCGAAGCUGCCGUAUAUUUCUGCAGGCGCGAGAAAGCAGUUACAUCAUUCAUAUCUGUAUUUUCCCAGUUGUUCUUGUUCAUGAUGGAUUUUCUACAAUGGUAUUUGAGGAAAACCAAGAUGGAACAGCUGAAACGACUUUCUUUGGCACUUGAGUGAACGUGACAAUGGGACGCCAUUUUAGACUGUAGAUAGAUCACCUGGCGUCAGUGUAAAAACGGUUACUAUCAUUGUCUAUCGAGGUCUCUCUUUUUUUUUUUUUAAUAGAAUCCGCCAUCAGCUACUCGUAGACACUUCCCAGCGUUUCCUACGUACGGACAGAACAUUUUAAGUCCUGUGCAUUAAUCUAUGUGUUCAGAAUGACCGGCUUUCGCUGAGCUCCUGGGUUAUAGCGGAGCUGCUUUUUUUGAAUAUCGUAUAUAGGCAUAAAAGCGAAUGAACAUAUAUACUCAGCAUAACCGGCUAAAACCUGCAAAUGCUGCAUCGGUAUAAGUGAGAAGGCUAAGGAGCUGAGAUGCAGUGCUGGAGCGGAGGGGGCGGCCAGCCCAGAGGGUCGUCACGGCGACGGGAGCGGCACUGUGGUGCGGUCAUGUUCACUCCGAGGAUGAAGGCUCUGCUUGCACACAGUAUUCCUCCCGUCGAGACAUUUUUUUGAAUGUAUUGUACAGUGUGUUGACUGGAGACGAUGUCAGUCAGGAAGGUACCUUUUGCUUUUCUCCUUUAAUUUAUUUUCCCCUCUAAGGCUUCUGGAGUGUUAUUUGUGUAUCUCUGGCUUUGUGGCUGUGUUCUGCACCUGUACCAGUAGCCAUGUUGGAAUCAUGGUGGGGCUCGAGGAGACUCUCUGUCACCCUGCUGUCUCAUGUCUCAAAGAGUCAGUCCAUUAGCAGUCCUGUUGGUCAGACCAAUGUUUGAUUGCAUAGGGUUGUAGGUUCUAUUUAUUAAAUAGUUUAAUAAUUAUUUAUUUCUAAAAUAUGAAGACUUAAUUUUUUUCAAUUUAAUUAUUUGGCUUCCUUACACUUAUGUUCUCUAACUUUACAAAGUUCACUGCCUCACUUAACACAAGUAUUCAUUCCUUGGGGGUUUGAAGGUGUUUUUGAUAUUGAGCACAAAUUUAAUUGUUUCAGAAGUUAACGUGUUUUUCUCAAAGUCGGUUGAAGCGAAGCCAGUCUUUAUUCUAACCAGAUAACGUCCAGCUUGUGGCGUCUAAACCAAGGCAAAUUGCACUUUUUAACUGUGUAAACGCGUGUGUGUUUCUGGAUGUCGGGUUUUGUGUUGCGUGAUGGGUAGCAGGUGGAGACGUGAUAUGGACAUUGGGUUUGGGCCCCGCCUCUCGUUGUCCAUUUAGGGGCAUGGCGUUUGGCUAUAGG